UCAGUCAAUUAGCGAUUAGCGAGGCAACGUGCUGAACACUAACCACUCCACAGAUCAGUUUCAUUUGGCAUGCCCAUCGAUCGGUUGGCCAAAAAGCGCGACGAGUUCGAGAUAGCUUGCAGAGGCGUUCCAGAGAGACACAGGAGGCAUUCCUUUCAUGCCCGGCGAGCGUAGUUCACAGGACUUACAGAUUGAGCAGGAUGAGCCUGAUAAGGUUGGGGCUAGCUCUGCUGCUCCUGCUGGCCGCCGUGUCGCAGUUGCUGCAGCCGGUCCAGGCACGUCGCAAGAUGUGCGGCGAGGUCUUGAUCGAGGCAUUGGAAAUGAUUUGUGUUAAUGGCUUUAUACGCAGGGUCAGGCGCAGCGAGGGAGCCAAGGACAAAGAUAGAGUGCGGUCCCUGGUCCGCAAGCUCCAGCAGCCGGAGGAGGAGGCGGAAACGGAAUUGGACUCGGAAUCGGCAUCGGCAUCGGAGCCACCGGCCAGCGGAAGUGGACGCAAGUUGCGACGCCACCGGCGACGCAUUGCCCACGAGUGCUGCAAGGAGGGCUGCACCUACGACGACAUCAUGGAGUACUGCGCCUGAUGACCAGCAGAUACCAAAUCAGAGAUCCCAAAAAUCAGACAACAGAUCCAAUAAACUACAAACCAGAUCCCAAAAAUAUAACAGAUAUGGCUAAGAUUUUGUGGCGGCAAUAGGAGGCACAGAAGGGUCGGAUGACGAGGACUAGAGGACCAGCGCCACCCGACCGGCAGGCGUUUUGCAAUUCAUUUUCCCACACUUAACCCUAACUAUAAACGUAAUCAAAUUUUCAAAUAUAUUUCAUUGUAAAUUUCCUAGUGGAAGCAAAUAAAGUUACUCUCCAAGCAGCAGC